GGUCAGUUCAAAAGGCUAUUAAAUUCAAUUCAGUCAUGCGCCAAUGUACAACACAAGUAGAUUUAUUUUAGUCAUGUUUACAUUCUAGUUGAUCCUACUUAUCAAACAAUACAUCAAGUUCAGUUUAUUAUGAAGUAGUGAUGUGUUAAUGAGGCAUCAUGAAGUGUUUUGACACUUUGCCAAACUGUACUGAUACUGUGGCACAGCACCAGGGUUUCCACAGGGUGGUAAAAGGUAGUAAGACGUAACUAAAGGUAGUAAAAAGUAGUAAAUUAAACUCUGGGAUUCCUGUAUAAAUCUUGUGCACACUGACCCCUGUUGGAUCUUAAAAAUACUUAUUUUAUAUAGUAUUAUUUAAUAUAUUUAAUGUCUUCAUUUAAAUGUAAAAUGUCUUUCAUAUUCUUAGAUAACGUGAAAAUCUAAGUGAUGUGACAUGUUGUAAAGGACUGGGAUUUUCUUUCUUUCUGUUUUUUAGAAUUUUUUUAACAAUUUUUUCUAAAACAAUCUACAUUUUCCCAAUGUUUUAAAAUUGAAUAUGUUUGAUACAACUUCUCUGGCUGCAGAAAACACCUUCGCACACAAAACCAAUGAGGCUGCAGUGGAAAGAAAUUGUAAUGAAAGGCAGAAGAGAGUUGGAUAGAUGGUCUUUGGGUUGACCCGGUAUCUGACAGGAUUCUGGGUCCUGGCAAAGUUACCCUCUGCACCACCUGAAGGCAUCAGCUGUAGCACUUUUGGUCUGUCUGCUCAAUUCAAAGUUGAGAUGUUGCCAAAGGUCAUUUAAAAUUCAAUAAAUUUGAGGUUUCUUUGAGGUUUUUGGAACCUCAAAGAUUAUAGAUUUUUUAAUAUAUAAAUUAUCAUAUUAGUGACAAUAAUCCUUUAUUAAGGGAAAAUAAUCAAGUUAAAAAGUGUACUUAGGGCUGGUUUUUGGUUUGCAGCCAAUGGCUUAUUUACCCUCCAACUGUAAACUCAGAAUACAGUUAAGCCACCUGGUUUUUCUCUCAGUUUGCUGGCAGAAGAUCAAGUUUUUUUGGCUUCAUGGUCUCAUUCAGGACACAUUUGUCCUUUGUCACACAUUUUCCACAUCUCAUCAAUGAUGAACCUCAGGUUGUUGGAGACUACCGUAUUUACCAUUUAAAAAAAGAGCAAAUAACUGAAACAUAACUUAAUUUACUCUUUGAGCAUUUAGUAUAUUUCAAGCUUCUUAAUAUACCUCUUACUGAUAUGACUUGUUAUGUCCAAAACUAUCUAUUUAUGAAAAAACCGAAUAAACAAGUAUCCAAGAAAACACAAACCUGAUGCAAUUUAAUUUAACCUGUCAUAGAGAGGCUCACAGAUAAACCAUAAAACUGAAUAAAACUUUUAACCAAUGCAUGUAUUCACUAGUUAAUACUACUUCUGAUAUUUUCUAAUUGUUUUAACCAGUAAGACACGUAAUGUGUUGCAUUUGAUUUCAGGUAACAGUGUCUUUCUGGAAGCAAAGAUGAAUCUUAAAAAAGCAAUAAAAAAUAAAUUCACUAUGACAUCUGAAGGUAAUGGUGAUCAUCACAGCUCCCUCAAAAGCAUCUACACAACCCUAUUCAUCACUGCUGGAGAUAAUGAUGGACGACAUGUGGAACAUGAGUACAGACAGCUUAAAAAUGCUCAUAAAAACCAACCAUUGCACGACUCUACAGUCAACCUCAGUGAGCUCUUCCAAUCGGUGCCUGCCCAGGAGAAACCCAACAGGACAAUCCUGACAAAGGGAGUUGCAGGAAUUGGAAAAUCCUUUGCUGUUCAGAAGUUCAUUCUUGAUUGGGCUGAAGAGGAAACAAACCAAGAGAUUGAUUUUGUUUUCAGUCUUGCUUUUCGAGAGUUAAAUUUGAGUGUAGGAGAGAAAAGCCUCCAUGAGCUGCUGACUGAGUUUCAUCCAUCUCUCCGACCUCUGAAAGAUUCCCAGGAUUACGCCAAAACAAAGAUCAUAGUGAUCCUUGAUGGUCUGGAUGAAAACAGAUAUCAGUUGGACUUUCAGAAAUCAGACAAAGUAACUACUCCUGAUGAUGUAGCUUCUGUAGGUGAUCUUGUUGUAAACCUGAUCCAGGGUAACCUCCUUCCUGAUGCAAACAUCUGGUUAACGUCCCGACCAGCAGCAGCCAGUCAGAUCCCUGCAGAGUACAUCGACAUGGUGACAGAGAUAAGGGGGUUCACUGAUGCUCAGAAAGUGGAAUAUUUCACAAAGAGAUUUGGUGAUGAUUCUAGUCUCACUGAAAGGAUAACAUCCCAUAUUCAGUCCUCACAAUCCCUGGACAUCAUGUGCCAGAUCCCAGUCUUCUGUUGGAUUUCUGCUGUCUUAUUCCAGGAAGUCUUCAGCAGAAAUGAAGAGACUGAAAUCCCCCAGACUCUUACAGAGUUAAUGGCACAUUUUGUCUUCGCUCAGACAAAACGUAGAAGCAGAAAGUAUGACAUGAACCCUGAGAGAAAUAGAGAGAAGCUCCUGGAGACUCACAGAGAAUUUCUUCUGAAACUUGGGAAACUCGCGUUUGUCCAGCUUCAAGAAAACCAAGUGAUCUUCUAUGAGGAAGACCUGAAAGAUUGUGGCAUUGAUGUCGGAGAAGCAAUAAUCUACUCUGGUUUAUGUAACACUGUUCUCCAGGAAGAGGAAGUCUCCUCCCAGAAAAAAGUCUUCUUCUUUGUGCAUCUGACUCUUCAAGAGUUCUUUGCUGCUCUGCACGUCUAUGAAUGCUUGAAAACCAAGAAAACCAACGAACUUGGGAAGUUCCUUUCUGUGGAAGACAAAGAUAUUCCUUUACUUGAGCUUCUAAAGAUGACAGUUAACAAAGUGCUGGAGAAGAAGAAUGGUGAUUUAGACUUUUUCUUGCGAUUCCUGCUUGGCCUGAUGGUUGAACCCAACCAGAGAUUCCUUCAAGGUCUGUUGACUCCCCGUGACGAAUGGGAUGACACAGACAAGAAAAUCUUAACUCACCUGCGAUCACUUCGAAGAAAAGCCAUCUCUCCAGACAGCUGUAUCACCAUCUUCCAGACCAUGACUGAAAUGAGAGAUCACAAAGUCAAAGAUGAGAUUCAGGAAUUUCUCAAACUGUCUGAUCAUUCAAAAAUGGAACUGGCUCCUUUGCACUGCUCUGCUUUGGCCUACAUGCUGCAGGCCUCCAAGAAUUAUCUGGAUUUACUGGAUCUGAAGAGCUACAACACAUCAGAUGAUGGCAGAAGGAGGUUGAUACCAGCUGUUAGGAGCAGCAAAAGAGCUGUGCUUGCAAAUUGCAAAGUUACAAAGGAUUGGAUGGACCCUCUUGCCAUUGCCCUCAAAUUAUCUUACUCAGCUCUGAGGGAUCUCGACCUGAGCAACAAUGACCUGAAGGACUCAGGAGUGCAGGUGCUUUACGGGGGACUCUCAAGUAACUCCUGCAAAUUGGAGACACUAAGGAUUUCUGGUUGUUGGGUCACAGAGAAAGGUUGUGAUCAUCUGGUCUCAGCUCUUCAGUCCAACCCGUCACAUCUGAUGGAACUGGACCUGAGCUACAACCAUCCAGGAGACUCUGGAAGCAAGAAGCUCUCUAAGCUGAGGGAUGAUCCACAGUACAAGCUCAGAAAGCUAAACCUCGACUAUGGAGGAACUCACAGAUUGAAGCCUGGCUUUAGAAAAUAUGCCUGUGAACUCACUUUCAGUCCUGAUGCAGAACACCAGAAGCUGGUUCUGUCUGAAGGAAACAGAAAGGUGACCUGGAUGGAGGAUGAUCUCCAUCCCACAGAAAACUCAGGUCACCACCAGCAGGUGCUGUGCAGUCAGGGCCUGACAAAGCGCCACUACUGGGAGGCGGAGGUCUCUGGAUGUUUGAGCAUUGGGGUCGCAUAUAAGGAGGCCUUAAGGAAAGACAAAACGGGUGAUUUCAGAAUGGGGCGCAAUAAGGAAUCUUGGUGUUUGGUUUGUUCAGACGGUUUUCAUGUUUUGCACCACAAUGACAGAGUAGACGUGUCUUCUCUUGGAAUGCGCACCAGUCGGUUUGGGGUGUAUCUUGACUGGCCUGCUGGUACUCUGUCUUUCUACAGAGUUUCCUCUGAUAGUUUGAUCCAUCUUCAUACUUACGCUGUGGCCUUUAGUGAUCCUCUGUAUCCUGCAGUUGAACUUAAUGCCCAAUCAUCUGCUCUAUUUUGUCCCCUAAAGUGAUUUAAUUGGGUCCUGCUCAUAUGUCUACAAUGCUGUAAAAAGUAAUGUCUCCCUAUGGAUUCAUUUGUUUUUGUUAUUUUUGUCACACUUAUUGCCCCAACAUAAUCGGGUGUACUUCACUCCACAGAGGUACGUGAAUAUUUGAGACGGACUCGACACAUACUUGAAGCAGACAUCUGUUGGACAUGUUUGAGAAAAUAUCAGUUUUUAUGACAGCAUAGUCAGCGUAAUCUGACUAUGCACAGUAAUCUGAUCGACGGGAAACAAAGCUGACGUUGAACUUUUUUGCAUGUGACACUGAGCUGAUUAGGUUGAGAGUCAAUGCUCACAGUCAUGAGGACGUGCAGCGUGACUGUCACUCUGUCCCACACUAAAAAGUUUGUUAAGAUUUCCCUGAUGGAGAAGAAACAGGGCUAGGCACCCAACUAGCUCAUGAAACUUGCUAGAAUCCAUUAGGACUAUAGGCAAUAAAGACAUUUUUCACAAGAGUACUUUAGGCAAUCGGUACACAUGAAGUGGAUGUAUGAAGUCUCAACCAUCCAUGAUGUGUCUGUAACAGAGUCCACACAGUACACCAGAGUAUGUCGGGAUCUUAAAAUCUUUAAGACCAUCAAACAAAUCUUUAAUUUGUCACAUUAUCAGCCAGAUUUAAAUCUAAAAUUUUACUGAGUCAAUUCAAAACCUUUAUUUAUUUAUUUUGUUUAGCUGUUCAGAGGUGGAUUUGUUGGUGCGUUGGGAUAUUGUGCUCCUACAUAAACCAAGUGCACUCAGCCUAAGGUGACAAAUUGAUGCACCUUCCAGAUAUUUUAUAGAGAUCAGAAUACAUGGAUUCAUCAGUUACCGCAAUUAGUGCUUGUCCUGAAGGCCUAAAACAACCCCAGACCAUCACACUACUACCUCCACAUUUGCCUCUAUUCUCUUACUGAAAUGCAGGUUUACACCAGAUGUAUUGGUACGCACACCAUCCAGAAAGAUCUACUUUGGCUUUCCAGUCAUUUAAACAUCUUUAGCUCAAUCAUUUUGAUCAUCAUCAAGAUGUAUUUUGGGAAAUUGUAAAACGGCUUUUUAUAAACUCUUUAGUUUUGGCAAAAUCUCUCUUUCUUAUUAUCAAAUCAAGUUCUCUGACUUUAAUUGAGGCAAAUAAGCCCUGAUGUGCUUUAGAGUUUUUCUGACUUCUUGAUGUCUUGUUUAUGUUGUGAAAUGGAUUAUAUUCAAGUGAUUUAUUUACUUGAAUAAAGAGGUAAUAAUUAGGCCUCUGUGUGGUUUGUGAAACUAAGCCAAAAACUUUGGUUAAUCAAGUUAAUUUUAUGUUUUAAUAAGGGGAUAACAGCUGGGGAAGUUGGUUUGGAUAACUUUUUUUAAUAGUCAUUGUUUCUUCAAGUUUUCACUUUUGCAGUUAAAGCCUCAUACAAACACAUCCUACAUUCUUCUGCUUUCUUCUGCUUGUGUGUUAAAUUAGAAUAAAGUUUACAAUUCCUUCCUAGGGAUUACAUUGGUGCUUCAUUUUUGUUAUUAGCAAGAGCAUUUUUAUUGUCAGUGGCAGAAAUCUGCUCUAGCUGAAUGGCAAGUGUGUAUUUAUUUA